AUGAGGCCUACUUCCCAGCUCAGCAGCGGCAUGCCCACCGGCAAGACCUGGUCGGGUUGGUGGGGUGACAUGGGCGGCCCCAAGCAGAAGGGUAUCGUCUCGUACUCCGUCUCCCCCUUCGCCCAGAAGCCCUUGAAGGGUGCUCUUGACGGCUACGUCUUCUGGGGCUUCCGCCGCCUCGCCGUCCAGGUCCCCUACUUCAUCGUCCCCUUCGUUACCGGCUACGCCGUCUACUCGUGGGGCAAGACCAAGUACGAGUACUUCAACUCGAAGGAGGGCCACCACGCCAUCGCCGUGGCCGAGGGCCACGCCCACUAA